AGAAUAAAAUUGAUAGAAUCGUGAUCAGUCCUUUUCUUAUUAUCCUUCAUAAUAAAACCCAGCAUCUUUCUUGUUUCGUAAGACGCUGUCAACAGAUACAGUCUCUGUGCACCCAGCCAUAGGGCUUCAGUAUUUUUAUUGGACUGCAGUGUCUGCCUCCAGUUUUAUUGCCAUGUAGGUUUCUCACUUGUAAUGCAAUACGUUGAAAGGGGCAUCAGUUGAACUAAAAAUUAUCUGGGUUAGGUAAAAAGGGGAAAGAAUGCAGAAGAAGAAGAAGGUUCUGAAAAUCGAUCGAGCGUCAGACUGUCUGUCUAUUCUCAGCGGUGCAUUAUUUCCGUUGCUUUACAGAAUAUGUUUUUGCAUAUGAAUUUCCUGCCGCGAUGCUGCAUAACAUUUUAUUUUGCGUUUGGCAUUUUUUCCAAUACAUACGAAUACUCAACUUUUCCAGUAUUGUGCAUGUAAUAUAUUAACGUAUGGUUUCAUGGUUAUUAUUGAUCAUUUGCUAGAAUGUUACUACCAUUUACCUGAGUCCUGAAAAAUGUGUCAAUCAAUCGGCAUCCCCCAGAGGUAGAAAACACUGAACGGAAGCGAUGAACCGUGACAGUUUAAAAACUCAAGCUAUCGAAAGAUGCUUUGUUUUCAUUACCCAUCUCUUGCAAAACUCAUUAGCAUGAAUAAUUACCAAUAUCAUUCGGCGGCGCUAAAUGAUACGCGACAAUUGACUCCUCCGUGUAUUUUUGCACCCAACGAAGCAUGCAUAUUAUCUUCACUGCAUUUCUACACCUCUUGGGGUGUUUCCAACAGUUUAUGGUGAUGAGGUUCAUCAUCGGAACGGUGCCGGUUGCUUAGAUCCGCCCGUAGUAUGUGCCUAGCAAGCCGAGAAAAUCUUAUUAGUGAAUUAAGAUACAAUUUUCCCCGACACCCACACCAACACGCCCACUUAACUCGUGCCGAACCCUCGGUUCUCGAUUGACACUUAGUGCAGGUGUCAAAGCUGCUACUAUGAUCGAAGAGAGUGAGCAAUGUCGUGAUUUUGUUUACUAUUCGCCGACUCAUACGCCACUCAGCGUGAGUCAUGCUGUGCCAUCGACGUAAUUCUACACAAACGGAACGAUUUGUCGAUCAUCCAAAGCCGUUGCCUAGAUUCCGCAAUUGAGUACACAAGUUUCUGUUGAGCAGGUUGAUUGACCUUAUGCCUUAUGUUAUUAAAAUUAGGUCAACCAUUUCAAUUUAUAAUGUGUUACGAUAUGUUGCUUAGCUUUAUGUUGGCCAGGUUAUAAAAUCCAAUAAGCUCUGCAGUAUUUUCCACCCAACGGGGCGAAUCUCGCCUGGCAUUGAUUUCUCUUCGCCCCAUGCUCUCUCAUCAAACCAAUACAGCAAAGUUAGUCGCAGUGUGUGCGUGUCAACAAAUUUAGCUCACGUUUCAUUAUUUGGCCUGAUUGACAACCCUGGCUGUCAAAUGUUCACGAUUGUUUAAUGAUAUCAUAAUUUUGCGGUGGAAGUUCGUGUUAUUUACCAAUUUCGUGAAUCCAAAAUUUCGUUCUAUGUUAAAAAACGAAUCCAGCCGUUACGUUUGCUGUGUGCCUGGUGAUUAGAGGAGAUGUCAUUACGCAACGGUGGUCACGUCCGGUGGGCAUUCGAUCUGUCGGGAUGGCGACCUACGUUGACGGAUUUGCUACUGGCGACGUCGUGCAUUCAACCGGAGGAAAAACAACGGUUGGCCAAGUUUGUAUUUCGUGACGAUUUUAAUGCCUCGAUCAUUGGACGAUUGAUGAUGCGACGGUUCGUCCAGCUGGCGACCGGACUACAGUACGACCGAAUUCAGUUCGGUCGUGAUGUGAAAGGAAAGCCAUACCUGAAGAACGAAGGAUUCAUGGUCGAUUUCAAUGUAUCCCAUCAAGGCCGUUAUGCAGUACUUGCUGGAAUGUUGACGUCGGGUGACGAAUCAUUAGAACUGGCUGCAAUGCCGAAAAUUGGCGUAGAUGUGAUGAAAAUCGAGUACGCUGGGGGCAAACCACUGACGGAGUUUUUCCGGCUAAUGAACAGAAAUUUUUCCGAUGAAGAAUGGAGAUAUAUUCGUAGCAGAAAUCACGAAAGCGAACAGAUCGAAGCAUUUAUGAGAAACUGGUGCUUGAAGGAAAGUUACGUGAAAAAUGUCGGUGUUGGCAUCACCGUUGAUUUACGGAAUAUUAGUUUUACAAUUAAGAGUAACAUUCUGAGCAGGAACAAUGUGAUCUGUGAUAGCACUUUAAAAGUAAACGAUGAAUUUAUGAGGAACUGGCGAUUUGAAGAAUCUCUUAUAGAUGAAAAUCACUGCGUAGCAGUAGCUUUAGAGAAUGUUCCCCCACACGUCGACUUAUCGCAGAACUGUUUUGAAAUUCUUGAUUAUUCAGAACUGAUGGAAGGAAACAUACCACUUUUGGCUAAUGAUGUAAGCUAUUGUGAAACAGUUGCUAGCAAGGACUAUAAGAAAGUGAAAUAAAUUCGUUUCAAUGUAUUUAUCCUCUUUCCAAUUGUUUUCGAAAUGAUGACAAGUAUUGAUAAAACAAGAUGUUUUACAAGCAGUCAUAAACCGCAACUGCUAGAAGUAAUGACACAAAGUCACGAAGAGCUUCAUCGAGGGACCCUAAUCGUAAAUUUUGUCUGCAAAAGCAAUUUCUGAAUUUCAUUUCCGACCAACAGUGGCACGCUCUACAAGUGACGAACGGUUCGGUAUAAAGUUUCAUCACACUUCCGAUGGGUGGUGAUUUCGCGGCCUAGUGCACGUUUGGACAGAGGCGACUGCAAACCGCUUGCGAAUGGUUUAUUAAAUUACACUAAAAGCCCGGUGAAAGCGUGCACUUUGGCUUAAUUUCCUGUCGUCACGCAAAUGGUUGGAUUCGCGCGGAUGUUUUUUCUUCAAUUUAGCGUAAUUUCCUGUGAAUCCAAGCUGCACGGGACAACCAGGACAGGAUUCGUUACUACGGAUUAGCGAUUUAUUACCACUGAUAAACCUGGUCGAGGUGCACCAUUUUGCAGGUUAGCUGCGGUUGUUCAACUAUCUCCUGGGAAUAUCACGUGGUUAGCUGUGUUAGGGGAUGGUAUCCCAUCCCGAACGUUGCUCAGUUGGUCGCCACAUGUGCAUUUGUUUGUUCAUAUGGCAACAUUAGCAGGGGAGGGAGAAAAGAGAUAUUUGUUAAAACGUGGUUUCCGUUUACUGAGGUGAGUUUAUUCCUAGAAUUAAUAGCCAUGUGAAACGACCGUGGCUCUAGCUAAUUUUAGAUUUUUUUCAUAAAAGUCUCUUCGGGAGUCUUUUGACCGGUUCCAGUAUCCUCGGGGAUAUUUAGCCAAGUGAUUAAUUUAUUCAUAAGAAACGUUUUGGUAAAUUUUGCACGUUCAUAUAUACAGUGGGGUCUCGUAUAACGCGGAUUUGGUUUUGCUGGUAUUCGUUGUUGCCGGAUUCAUUAUUGCCGGAAAAUCGCAAUAUACGAGACCCAGAGCAUAUGGGAUUUCGAGUGAUUGGGGCUGUGAACGUUUAUCUCGCUUCGGUCGACAGAUAGAGCCACACAAUCUUCGGCAAACUUGUUCUAGAUACUUAGACCAACAAUUUAGUGUAGUUUGACAGACAAUUAGUUGAGAACUGCUCCGCCAGAGGCGCUUUGAAAAAUGCAUGAUAUAAAUCAUUCGCUUAACACAGACAACACCAGUUUAUUCUUCACAUAUUAUAGUAUUUUGAAAAAUGCGAGAAUUCAAACAGCAAAUGAUUUGACUCGGAAUCUCUCCAUCAGAUGUAGUUAGUGUGCCUGAAUUCACAUUUUAAUUAUCAGAAUUAUGCUCUUAUCAAAAAACUUGAAGAUAUGGAGCGGUUUUUUUUGUUUGAAAAUUGUUAGGUUUGUCAGGGUAUACAUUAUGAAAACCAUGUUAGUUGAGAACUUGUCCACCGAAUGGCGCUAGUGGGCAAUUUAAUGAUAGAAAAUUUAUAAUGUGAUAUCUCUAAACCCUGAUGAUGAAGAAUGUUGGUGUCUUCGGAAAGAAUGCUCCGGAGUUCAGAACAGAUCAAAUAAUGUAAACAGUAUUAUGUAAACUGGUGGCGCUAGUGUGCAAUUCAAGGUUGGAAAUUUAUGUUGACUCAUUCAGAUGGUUUCUUCGAGAAGUUGUUCUAGGGUUUCAAUACCUAUUAAAUGAUUCACUGAACAGUUCGUUUGUAUCUACAUAGUAGUCUUCAGUAACUGAAAAUCAGAAUAGUUUGCGAGAGUAAUGUCAAAUGUUAGUCAAAUCAAAAACUGUUUUCCUAGAAUGCGCUAGUAGGCUACAAGAGUAAUCAUAUGAAUAAGCUAUCGACAUCUAAAAUUUAAGGAACUUGAGAGUGUGGAACUCGAACUUUAUAUUAAAGUUUUAAUUAUUUGUAUUGUUAGAUAUAAUGAGGUGGCUGCCGUAGUCUAUAGAGUUAUAGAUACAAAUUAUGAAGUCGGGAGAUCAAAGUUCGAAACCGGGUUUUUAAUCACACAUCAAAGUAUUUUUCCCCUCGGCCACAGCAGCCCAUAAAGGGAAAAAAAUUAUUGUAUUGUUAGAUAUAAUGAUAAGUACAUGAAACCUGAAAUGCAUGGCUUUUUUAAAUUUUAUUUUAUAGCGACCGCCAAUUCAUUAACAUUUCUUGAAAACUUAUAAAUUGAAUAUAGUGUGUUAGUGGAGACUAAAAGUGAUAUUUUAAUUAAAAUUAGUUGAGAACUGUCUCACCAGAACCGCAUUGAAAAAAGCAUGAACAAAAUUAUAAUGCAUUUAAUACUAUAAAGUUGGAUUACGAUUUUCAUUAUUUGGAAAGGUGGGGGUCCUAAACCAUUUUCUGUGCAAAACAUUAAUGUAUUCAAAAGUAGUCACUCUACCAGGUGGAGCGUAAUGUUUACAGUAUCUAUCAGAAUAUUCGUUUCGUUUACACGAAAGUGCAUAAUAGAGGGUGUUUCAGUAUAAAAUUUGUUCUCUUCGCAUAGCAUAUGCGCUAGUGCUCGAUACAACGUAGAUUACCACAUAUCUUAAAAGUGUGAUAAUUUAGAAUCUAUAUAUUGUGAGCUGAUUCACGCAAUUCUUGAAAAUGGUGCUGUAGUUUGGACUCCAUAUUGUUAACUCGACAUCCAACGCGUUGGAGCCAUUCAGAAUAAACUUCUCCGGUUCACUCUUUGUUAGAGAUGGUCGGGUAUAGAAAUUCUUAUACCCGAACCCGACCCGUAUCCGAGUAAUCAGCAAAAAAAAUUACCCGUACCCGACCCGUACCCGAUUAAAAAUUAAAAAAAUUACCCGUACCCGAUCAAUAAUAAAAAAAAAUUACCCGUACCCGACCCGUACCCGAUAAAAAAUAAAAAAAAUUACCCGUACCCGACCCGUACCCGAUUAAAAAUUACCUGUACCCGUACCCGACCCGAAUGAGUAGUAAAAAGUUUACCAAAAUUCAGGAUGGAAAAAAUAAAGUGUUUUAGAUAGCGAGCCGUAUCAGGCUCUAGUUGGUAAGUAAAAUACAUUAAAAUGCCUGUUUUACAUUUAAACAUAUAAAUACACUGUGAAGCAUGAAUAGAUUUCCAAUGUCUUUGGUACUUUAUACUCAUUUACAAAUAUCAACAAAAGAGAAUAAAAUCUACUCAAUUUUUUCGAGAAGCAUAUUCACCCAAAGUGUCGUAAUACCUGUUGUAUUCAAUUUUGGGUAGGUAUGGUUUUUACGAAACAGUGGUUUUUACAGCCUCCUGGAACCCUCAACGAGUGAACACGGUGAAAAAUCACUCAUUGAGAUUUUCACUUGUAGUCCAGUGAAAAGAAACGAAAAUUAACUGGCAAUAUAGCCCAACUUGCUGUGCCAUCAAUCGGUGUCAUUGCAAUUGAGGUGACACCAUCCAGAAGUGAAGAAUAAGAAGAACUUCUAUGCAGAUUAUCUGAAAUAAAUUUUCAUGUUUUUAUGGUUAGAAUCCUAAUGAUUUAUAUGAAAAUUUUGAAAAUCCAAACAGCUUUUAAAUUUCAGUCCAUUAAAACCUACAUGAAAAGUAGGGUCUGACCGUAACAUCUUAUACCGUUUUCGUUUAUUGAUCAGAGCAGCCCGAAAACUGACCCAGAGUCGCCCAAACAACGUUUGAUAUGUUUGUUUUAGCAACCUGAGGUCGCUCUAGAUCGGACUCCAAUCGUGUAGUUUCGCUCUGAAAAUUUUCUCGGGUCGCACCACGCAUCCCUGCAAGUUUGUUCAUUUUUCUUUUUUUCAUGAGUUGUUUAGGGCGCGUACCACGUGUUCGUUUUACUCGGAGUCAGAGUCGCCCGUGUCUAGGAUCAAAAACGAAAACGGUAUUAGAGCUAAGGCAAUAUGUCUUAUUAAAUAUGUUAUAAAAAAGCAAGGUGAAAAAUAUUCACAUAACUUUUCACGUAACUAUGAUUGAUCGUUUUUCUAAAUGAGGAAAAGAAAUGUUUUUUUCUGGAAAAAGAUGCCAGUUGUCAGGUCUGGUCCUAGGCGCGAAGGUCAAAACCCCUUCAAUCAAAUUGUUUAUUUUUCGGAAGAACUGUUUUGGAAUAAAAAAUUCUCGUCAACGUGUUAACGUAUUUAUGUGAAGUACAAAUGGUCGGGUAAUCGAUCAGAAAAAAAAUUUACCCGUACCCGACCCGUACCCGAGUGAGCAGUAAAUUUUUUUACCCUACCCGACCCGUACCCGAGUGAGCAGUUAUUUUUAUUUACCCGUACCCGACCCGUACCCGAUUGAAAAUAAAAAUUUUUACCCGUACCCGACCAAAAGCCCGUCGGGUACGGGUACGGGUCGGGUUUCGGGUAAAAUACCCGAUACCCGACCAUCUCUACUCUUUGUAGUCUCAUUUGAAUGGAUCCCUACAAUUUUUCCAGCCAUCAGAAGCGUUAUAAAUUUAUCGAUUUGCAAUUUUUAUCCGUUCGCCCAAAUGUCUCUUAGGCCGUUUGCGUAACCGAUUUUGUUACAAUCUCGAGCUGAUUAUCCAGACUUGUGAAAAAAACUGAAUUUAGACAUUCUCAUCCAUUCUUGAACAUUAAUUCAGCAUUAUCUGAUUACGGAUUUUGAAUAAGUAUCGUCUGUUUAUUCAUUGUUCCCAAUUUUUAAUGAACAGCCUUUCUAGUUCUUAAGUUGUAGGCUCAGUUAUAGGAGGUAUCGUAAUCAGUUAUAGCUAUCGUAAUUCGUAGACAUGAGAUUUGUUGCCUGAUGAUG